AUGAUGAGCUUCAGCGGCGCCGACGCGCUGCUGGGCGCCCCGUUCGCGCCGCUGCUGGGGGGCGGCGGGCUGCACUACGCGCUGUCCCGCAAGGGCGGCGCGCGCUCGGCCGCCGGCUCCUCCAGCGGCUUCCACUCGUGGGCGCGGACGUCCGCGAGCUCCGUGUCGGCCGCGCCCGGCCGAUUCCGCGGCGCCGCGGCCGCCUCGAGCACCGACUCGCUGGACACGCUGAGCAACGGGCCGGAGGGCUGCGUGGUGGCGGCCGCCGCGCGCAGCGAGAAGGAGCAGCUGCAGGCGCUGAACGACCGCUUCGCGGGCUACAUCGACAAGGUGCGGCAGCUCGAGGCGCACAACCGCAGCCUGGAGGGCGAGGCGGCGGCGCUCCGGCAGCAGCAGGCGGGGCGCGCCGCCAUGGGCGAGCUGUACGAGCGCGAGGUGCGCGAGAUGCGCGGCGCCGUGCUGCGCCUGGGCGCGGCGCGCGGGCAGCUGCGCCUGGAGCAGGAGCACCUGCUGGAGGACAUCGCGCACGUGCGCCAGCGCCUGGACGACGAGGCCCGGCAGCGCGAGGAGGCCGAGGCGGCGGCGCGCGCACUCGCGCGCUUCGCGCAGGAGGCGGACGCCGCGCGCGCGGAGCUGCAGAAGAAGGCGCAAGCCCUGCAGGAGGAGUGCGGCUACCUGCGGCGCCACCACCAGGAGGAGGUGGGAGAGCUGCUCGGCCAGAUCCAGGGCUGCGGCGCCGUGCAGGCUCAGGCGCAGGCCGAGGCGCGCGACGCCCUCAAGUGCGAUGUGACCUCGGCGCUGCGCGAGAUCCGCGCGCAGCUGGAAGGCCACGCGGUGCAGAGCACGCUGCAGUCGGAGGAGUGGUUCCGAGUGAGGUUGGACCGACUGUCAGAGGCAGCCAAGGUGAACACAGAUGCCAUGCGCUCAGCACAGGAGGAGAUAACAGAGUAUCGGCGCCAGCUGCAGGCCAGGACCACAGAGUUGGAGGCACUCAGAGGCACCAAGGACUCACUGGAGAGGCAGCGCUCUGAGCUGGAGGACCGUCACCAGGCCGACAUUGUAUCCUACCAGGAAGCCAUCCAGCAGCUGGACACUGAGCUGAGGAAUACCAAGUGGGAGAUGGCAGCCCAGCUCCGGGAGUACCAGGACCUGCUCAAUGUCAAGAUGGCUCUGGAUAUUGAGAUUGCUGCUUACAGAAAACUCCUGGAGGGUGAAGAGUGUCGUAUUGGCUUUGGUCCUAGUCCUUUCUCCCUUCCAGAAGGACUCCCUAAAAUCCCUUCUGCAGCUACUCACAUAAAGGUCAAAAGUGAAGAGAUGAUCAAGAUGGUAGAAAAGUCAGAGAAGGAAACCGUGAUUGUGGAGGAACAGACAGAGGAGAUCCAAGUGACCGAGGAAGUGACUGAAGAAGAGGAGAAAGAGACCAAGGAAGAGGAAGGUGAGGAGGGAGGAGAAGAGGAAGCAGAAGAGGGAGAAGAAGAGGCAAAGUCUCCCCCAGCAGAAGAGGCUGCAUUCCCAGAGAAGGAGGCCAAAUCUCCAGUGAAGGAAGAGGCCAAGUCACCAGCUGAGGUCAAGUCCCCAGAAAAGGCUAAAUCUCCCAUGAAAGAUGAAGCAAAAUUGCCAGCUGGAGCCAAGUCCCCAGAGAAGGAAGACACCAAGUCUCCAGCUGAGGUAAAAUCCCCUGAGAAAGCAAAGUCCCCAGUGAAGGAGGAAGUGAAGUUACCAGCUGAGAUCAAGUCUCCAGUGAAAGCUAAAUCCCCCAUGAAAGAAGCAGCAAAAUUGCCAGUUGAAGUGAAGUCCCCUGAAAAGGCCAAGUCUCCAGUGGAGGUCAAGUCCCCUGUAAAGGCCAAGUCUCCAGUAGAGGUCAAGUCCCCAUUGAAGGAAGGGGCCAAGUCCCCAGUGGAGGUCAAGUCUCCAGUGAAGGACGAGGCCAAGUCCCCAGAGAAGGCCAAGUCCCCAGUUCAGGUCAAGUCUCCAAUGGAAGUCAAGUCCCCAGAGAAGACCAAGUCCCCAGUGAAAGAAGAGGCCAAGUCCCCAGAGAAGGCCAAGUCCCCCAUGAAGGAAGAGGCCAAGUCCCCAGAGAAGGCCAAGUCCCCCGUGAAAGAAGAGGCCAAGUCCCCAGAGAAGGCCAAGUCCCCCGUAAAAGAAGAGGCCAAGUCCCCCGUGAAAGAAGAGGCCAAGUCCCCAGAGAAGGCCAAGUCCCCCGUGAAAGAAGAGGCCAAGUCCCCAGAGAAGGCCAAGUCCCCCAUGAAGGAAGAGGCCAAGUCCCCUGUGAAGGAAGAAGCCAAGUCCCCAGAGAAGGCCAAGUCCCCCGUGAAGGAAGAGGCCAAGUCCCCAGAGAAGGCCAAGACUCUUGAUGUGAAGUCCCCAGAAGCCAAGACCCCAGUGAAGGAGGAAGUAAGGUCUCCUGCAGACAUCAAAUCCCCUGAAAAGGCCAAAAGUCCUGUCAAGGAGGCUGCCAAGUCCCCAGAGAAGGUCAAAUCUCCUGUGAAGGAGGCGGCCAAGGCUCCUGAGAAAGAGGCCCCAAAGAGUGAAGAGGCAAAGUCCCCUGUGAAGGAGAAGGAGAAACCUCAGGAGGUCAAAGUCAAAGAGCCCCCAAAGAAGGGAGAGGAAGAGAAAGCUCCAACCACACAAAAAACUGAGGAGAAGGACAGCAAGAAAGAUGAGACAUCUAAGAAGGAGGCUUCAAAGCCUGAGGUCGAGAAGAAGGAAACUGCUGUGGAAAAGCCCAAAGAAUCAAAAGUUGAAGCUAAGAAGGAAGAGACUGAAGAUAAGAAAAAAGCAGUGACCCCAGAGAAGGAGGGUCCUACCAAAGUGAAGGAAGAGGUCAAACCCAAGGAGAAGACUGAGGUGGCCAAGAAGGAACCAGAUGACAGCAAGGCGAAAGAACCCAGCAAAGCAGCAGAGAAGGAGCCACAAAAGCCAAAGAAGGAAGAGAUGACAGCAGCACCUGAGAAAAAAGAUGCCAAGGAGGAAAAGGCCACAGAGCCCAAGAAGCCUGAGGAAAAACCCAAAACAGAGGCCCAAGCCAAGGAAGAGCCUGGCAAGGAGGCCCCCAUGCCCAGCAAAGCCAAGACAGAAAAGGCAGAGAAAUCGUCUAGCACAGACCAGAGAGACAGCAGGCCUCUGGAGAAGGCCACAGAAGAAAAGGCCACUAAGGGGGAGAAGUAAGGCAGGGAGAAAGCAACAUCCAGAGUAGCCAAAGAAACUCAGGAGGGUCUGGAGCUCAA